AUGUCUCAUUUGUUAGAUGCUUGUGCCUAUGCUUCUACGAAAUCUGAAUUUGAUGUGCAUAUAAAGGAGUUCAUAGAAACUGGCGGUACAAGGAUUAGAAAUUUUCUAGCAGACCUUCCGUAUAACAACUGGACUUGUGCACAUUUUGAGGGGAAUAGAUACGGGCAGAUGGCAUCUAGUGUUGCAGAAUCGUGGAAUAUGAAGAUUGGCGGCAUUUGUGGCCUGCCUAUAAAAAAUGUGGUUGAUGGUCUUAGGAGUAUUAUGAUGGUGCAAAUGUGUAUAAGAGCAGAGGAGGCUGCGGUUAUGUCAACUGUACUUUGCACUCCCAUUAAGGGCGCUGUUGAUAAACUAGUACAUGACAGUAGAGUUUUGAAAGCAAAGAGGGCAUCAGAGUACAUUUACGAGGUGCUUAGUACUACAACAGCUGUUGUUGACAUUCGCAACAGGUCGUGCACGUGUAGAGUGUGGCAAGUCAACGGUCUGCCAUGUAUACACGCUGCGUGUGUUCUGUUCCAUAACAAUAAUGAUGGUUAUGCAUAUGUUGACUAUCAUUACACUGUUGAGUGUUAUAAAACCACGUAUUCGCACAAUAUUUAUCCAUUUGUCAAGCCAGAUUUUGAUGGUGAUUUGCCUUUGGUUGGACCUCCAGAUUAUCAUAUUCGGCGUGGCAGGCCGAAGGUGAAGAGAAUUCCUUCAAAAUGUGAGAAGAUUAAGAGGAAGAUAAAAUGCAGCUCAUGCAACCGUAUGGGCAAUCACAACAAGAAAACGUGCAGGAGGCCUGUAUGA